CCACCUCAAGCUUCACACAAGCAACCUCAUUCAAGUAUCACAUUCAUUUUCUGCACUUGCAUCUUCAACGAAAGGCAACUCUGACAAUGCGCAUCUCUAUUGCUACCAUCUUCGCCGUUCUCGCUGCUACUGCCGCUGCCAACCAGGCUGGUCCUGCUGACAGCGACAUCUCGACUCCUUUCAACGACCAUGCUGCUGGUAUCAUCGAGCCUGCCGUCGAGACUACUGACGAGAUUGACGACUUUGACGACUUUGAGGAGGAUGGCAACCAGCGCGGCUUUGGAGGGUUUGGCAGGGGUCUUGGCAAGCUCGGUGGAGAGGUUGGUUCCGAUAUUUUCGGAGACCUCCUUGGCUCAUUGCUGCAGGGUGGCUUCAACCAGCGCGGUGGUCGUGGUCGCGGCAGCGGUCGCGGUAAGGACUUCCUCAGCGAUCUCGGUGUCGAGCUGAUUGGCACUGGUGUUGGUGCUGGACUUGAUGCUGCCAUCUACAACCAGCGUGGUGGUCGUGGUCGCGGUAGCGGUCGCGGCAAGGACUUCCUCAGCGACCUGGGUGUCGAGCUGAUUGGCACUGGUGUUGGUGCCGGUCUGGAUGCUGCCAUCUACAACCAACGUGGCGGUCGUGGUCGCGGUAGCGGUCGCGGCAAGGACUUCUUGAGCGACCUGGGUGUCGAGCUGAUUGGCACUGGUGUCGGUGCCGGUCUGGAUGCUGCUAUUUACAACCAGCGUGGCGGUCGUGGUCGCGGUAGCGGUCGCGGCAAGGACUUCUUGAGCGACCUGGGUGUUGAACUGAUUGGCACUGGUGUUGGUGCCGGUCUUGAUGCCGCCAUCUACAACUAGAGUGGCUGCUAUUUUAAGGAUAGUAGGGUAUGGAGCUAUGGAGACUGAGUCUGUCUGGCUAAAGAUGACUAAACAUUAUCUUGUGCAAACCUC